AUGAUUCCAAGAGCUUUCAAUGAAAAACUCAACUAUACUGGUGGAUAUAUAUACCAUGCUGCAACUUCUGCUCCACCAGACUCUCAACAAGUCGGGCCUGCAAGUUUUCAUAUAGACAUCUGGACAUACCUUAGAUGUGAUGUGUGGAAAUUUUCGUUGAUUGGACGUCUUGAUUUGCUUCGACUGAAGUUUGUUGAUGCUGUAUCAAACAUGAAAUCUCAGUGGAAAUUGGUUGGUCAAUGUAAGAUUAUACCAUUAGGAAAAGGUUUCUUUACAAUUAAACUUGAUAAUAAAAAGGAUCAAAGCUAUAUCAAAGCUGGACUAUGGGAGGUGUUCAAUCAAACUUUAUGGAUUCGCAACUGGAUACCAGAUUUGCGUCCAGAAUUACAUGGAACUUCUUCAGCAAUGGUAUGGGUUCAUUAUCCAGGUCUCAGUCUAGAAUAUUGGGAUGAGCAGACUCUUUUUACCAUCAGUAAAGCAUUGAGAGAACCAGUAAAGAUAGAUGAGGCUACUCUGAAUUUUGAGAAUGGAUUAUAUGCAAGAGUACUUAUUAAGAUUGAUUUAGCAAAGAAAAUUCCAAACAAACUAAGGAUUAAAACUAAAUUUGGUGGUAUUAUGCAAAGUGUUUUACUAACAAAGUUGCCAAAAUUUUGUCAUCACUGUAAAAUUGUUUGUCAUGUGCAAGAUGAACGCAGAGUGAAGAUAUCAGCUGAAGUAGAAUCAAGCAAUAACCAUGUAAACAAGGAACUGCAACACCUAAUAACAAGCCAGCUGAGAAGACAAAUGACAAAGAAAAAAAUUCAAAUAUUGCUCCAACUCCAGAAGCUCAAAAGGAACAAGUGA